GCGAGGGCGCUUGGGAGAAGCCUCGGCCAGCGACAAUAGAUUAGUCAGGCCUGGGAAAGAUGGCGUCCUCGGAGCAGGCAGAGCAGCCGAGCCAGCCAAGCUCUACUCCCGGAAGUGAAAAUGUGGUGCCUCGAGAGUCGCUGAUUGCCACAGCAGUGAAGUUUCUACAGAAUUCCCGGGUCCGCCAGAGCCCACUUGCAACCAGGAGAGCAUUCCUUAAGAAGAAAGGGCUGACAGAUGAAGAGGUUGACUUGGCUUUCCAGCAGUCUGGCACGGCUGCCGAUGAGCCUUCGUCCUUGGGGCCAGCCACACAGGUGGUUCCUGUCCAGCCCCCUCACCUCAUUUCUCAGCCAUACAGCCCUGUGGGGUCCCGAUGGCGGGAUUAUGGUGCCUUGGCUAUCAUCAUGGCGGGAAUUGCGUUUGGCUUUCACCAGCUCUACAAGAAAUACCUGCUCCCCCUCAUCAUGGGUGGCCGAGAGGACAGGAAGCAACUGGAGAGGAUGGAGGCGAGUCUCUCGGAGUUGAGCGGCAGCGUGGCACAGACAGUGACCCAGUUACAGAUGACAUUAGCCUCUGUCCAGGAGCUGCUGAUUCAGCAGCAGCAGAAAGUCCAGGAGCUCGCCCACGAACUGGCCACAGCCAAGGCCACUACGUCUACCAACUGGAUCCUGGAGUCCCAGAAUAUCAAUGAACUCAAGUCGGAAAUUAACUCCUUGAAAGGGCUCCUUUUAAAUCGGCGGCAGUUCCCGCCGUCCCCGUCAGCCCCGAAGAUUCCCGCCUGGCAGAUCCCAGUGAAGUCUCCGUCGCCCUCCAGCCCCGCGGCCGUGAACCACCACAGCAGCAGCGACAUCUCGCCUGUGAGCAACGAGUCGGCGUCGCCCUCCCCCGUGAAGGAGGGCCACAGCCCCGAGGGCCCCGCGGCUGCCUACCACCUGCUGGGGCCCCCGGAGGAGGGGGCGGGGGCGGUGGAUGUUAAAGGGCAGGUGAGGAUGGAGGUGCAGGGAGAGGAGGAGCAGAGGGGGGAUGAGGAGGACGAGGAGGACGAGGACGCGAGCCACGGGGGCGGGGAGGACCGCCUGGGUGCGCAGAGGGGGGGCCGGCGCGGCGGGGACGGGCAGAUCACCGAGCAGGUGGAGAAGCUGCGGCGGCCCGAGGGCGCCAGCAACGAGAGCGACAGGGGCUAGGCCCAGGGCGGGUGUCCCCGCGGGGUGCUGGCCAGCGCCCCCUGGGCCCAGGACAGGGGCCCCGAGCUGGCUGGGGGCAAAGCUGGCGCAGCCUGGCUGGGGCCCAGGCCCUGCCCAUAGGUUGUAUUUCUGUCCACCUGGCCAUCUGUCCUGAAUGCCAGCCCCAGCCACCACUUCCUCCGCUCAGCCCCAGACAGACAGGCCUUUGACCUGGUUCUCAUGUGGGGCCGACGGUGCAGAUUCUGUCGGCUCAAGGCUCCCUUGACCCCGACUCCUAGCCAGACUGCGUGUCCAGGGUGCGUGCUGAGCAUCUGAGCUGACCAGACACCGGGCAUGACAAGGGGAAGCCUGAUCACCCGGCUCCUGAGCCUCCGUGGGGCAGGGGCCUCCCUGACCCGGUGGCCACCAUCCCUCCGCUCCUUCGUGGCUCCUCUUGCCAGGAGCCAACGGGGCUGCCUUGCCAUGGUCCCAGAAGCCACAGCCCUGCCCUCCUCCCUCUCACCAGGGCCCCCCAGGGUCCCCCAGCCAGGCCCUGCCCGUGCACCUGUCCCAGCCCCACUGUCUUCCCUAACAAAUGAACUCACACUGCGUUUCUGGCCAUCUUCGCUCGCUGCCUUGUGACUCAGCUGUGCCCCUGGUGAGACGAGGUUCUCGCUCCGUGGAGCAUCAGGCGUCAGGGCCUUCCCGUCUGUCCUUCCCGCCCGGAAACACAUGUUCAUUUGUGUGAUCAGGUAUAGGUUUCAGAAUAUAAGAUACGACUGUAUAUAAUUGUAAUAAAUACGAGUUGUCACUAUUUAA